UCCUCGCCUGUGAUUGGCCGCCGGCACUGUAGCUCAGGAGAGGCACACAGGCGGCCAAUCACUGGCAAGGAGGUGGAGCUUGGAGAGGAGGAGCCGAGCGGGACAAUCGCGAAGAUCGAGCGAGUGAAGAGGAGGAGAGCGGCCGGAGAAGGAAGACAGCUGACAGGUAAGGAGGGAGCGAGCGAGCCAGGCUGGAGCAGGGAUCUGCAAGGUAAGUAUCUUUGGUGUCAGUGGGAAUAGUGCCCCCAUCAUUGGUGUCACUAAUACCAAUAAUGGGGCACUAUUCCUCCCACUGACACCAACGAUGGGGCACUAUUCCUCCCCCAAAUGACACCAACGAUGGGGCACUAUUCCUCC